CAACGGCUGAAGUCCCAGCUCCUUUUCUUUGCUGCUGAGAGGCCAUUUUGGUGCGUGUGGUCUGAAUUAGUUGGCGUCCUUUUUUCUCCCGAGUUCCCUUUUCCUGAGCUAGUUUUCGUGCGCUUUCACUCCCGCCCACUUCUCCACACCUCAGCGUCAUGGCUUUUGUCAGAUUGCGGCGCGAAGUCGAGCUAGGUGGACAGUCCUCGGAGUAAGAAGCGAAAUCUGGACAGCUUGUUUUUGUGUGUUUUGCGUUAGCAGUGUCUGUAGUGUCUCUUAAAUUCGCACUCAGCGCCUCGUACAGCGCCGUGAUGGCUCAGACCUGCCUUUAAAAAGUCUGAACUGAAGGGACACCAUGGCGUUUUCUAGAGUACGCACACACACUACUCAAGAGCUUGAAGCAGAGAAUACGGGCUACACCUACUCUCUCAGCUCCAGCUACUCCACAACAGCGCUGGAUUACGAGAGGGAGCAUCGACUGGCUCCCGUGUUUGACUCACCCAGGAUGUCACGCCGCAGCCUUCGGCUGCACGCAGGCAGCACUCACUACCGUGAUGACAGCUUACUGGACUCUUCACACAACCACAGCAUCUCCUACAGUUCUGGAGGUUCUGUUCAUCAGGAGAGCAAGACCUUAAAGAGCAGGAGGUCUCAUCGCUCCUCAGCCGGUUCAGGCUCGCUGCUUCAGACUCCAGUAAAGAGUCAGUCUACCUCUGUGCUGCAGGCUCACAACAGCAGCCUGCGCAGCUGCACUGCCAGCGAUGCCUCACUCCUGUCGUCCCUGCUUGACGAGUCGUGCAUACAGGAGCGCACUCUCGUUGACAGCUUCUGGGGAUUGGAUGAGGAUGGAGAUCUCAAAGAUCAGACUGUCCACGUGGAGCGCAGCUUCACUUCGGUGAACAACGGUGAUAUGAACACUUCUUCUCAGUCUCAGAAAACCACUAUGAACAGCACUUACAUCUGCAAGGACUGCGCCUCCACCCGCACUGACGGUCGAGACACUUUGCUGGCCUACUCUUCCUCCAAACCCUGCAUAUCCACCUCCUGCUCCUACUUCUCCUCGUCUGCUCAGCAUCUUGCCACUGAGGAUGGAGCCUCCUCUCCCUACACUACAGUAUACAGCAGAGAGAAGAGCCGCCGACACAAAUCCGGUGUGCUGGGGUUGCUCUCGGAGUACUGCCUGCAUUAUAGCAGAAAAGCUGCUACCUCUGUAGUGUGUAUGUUCACACUGCUCAUGCAGAGCAUUCUGACGAAGACCUCUCACAAGGGCCAAGCCCUGCAGUCAGUGACCAACUGGUGUGUGAGUGUGUUCAGGAGAGUGGCCAGUUCCUCUGCAGCAGCCCUCACACUGCUGUCUGGGUCUGCUCUGCUGAAAGCUUCCAGCAAUGUCAAUGCUAAUGGAGGUCACGCUGGUUAUUGUGGGACCAUGAAUGUAAAUGAACUGGUGACUCAGACGGAACACCAAACUCUCAGUGGCCCCCUGUGUGACGACUGUAAAGGGAAGCAGACUCUGAAGACGAGUGUGGUCAGCACACAUUCAUCCAGGGCUCAGCAGCUCUUAGGGGCUCUGUGGUUCCUUGUAAUUUUCACAGGCAGCAGUCUGCUGAGGGCGGGGCAGAGGCUUCUUUCAGCAGGCUGGCUUAUCACACGGAAGAUUCUGUCUGUCAUGUAUUUGGCUGCCGUGUCUCCAGGCAAGGUAGCUUCAGGAGCAUUCUGGUGGCUGGGAACAGCAUGGUACCAGCUUGUGAUGCUCAUGUCUCUGCUGAACGUCUUUAUUUUGACAAGGUGCCUACCCAUAUUGCGUAAGCUUCUUCUGAUACUUCUUCCUUUUCUGCUGCUGUUUGCUCUUUGGUACUGGGGUCUGUCUGGUCUCUGGGCCAUUUUGCCUGCAGCUAACACGACUGUGUGGAGGACUGACUCUACGCUUGACUCCACCACAACAGCGCACACACCUAUCGAUACAGCUAGUGAAGGUCAUCCUGGCAUCACUCCACCAUAUCAACACUAUGAGGGUAAGACUGAAGUAUCUGCAGCACACUUGGAGAGGCUGGAACGAUUAGAGAAGAGCCUGUCACAACUGUGGGAGCAGGUAGCAGCAACGGGCAGCAAGCAGGAGGAGCGCCACGGAGAGGUACUCAGUCUCUACAGUGUUCUGAAAGACGAGCUAGACAAGAACACAGACAGAGACAGCCUGAGCCUGUGGAUAAACAAUCUAAUGGAGCAAAGAGUCGGCCUGCUGAGGACAGAAAUGGAGAAGGAGACACAGCAGACGCAGCAGAAUCAAAACGAGUUCAAAGAAGAGAAUCGGGCUCAGGAGUUACGGCUUGCCAAAGUUGAAGAGCUUAUUAGGAACGUGGCGCUCAAAACAGAGGAGUUACAGAGAACACAAGAGGUCAAAGCUCCAGCCAUUGUCAGUGGGGAAACGGAUGAGGCGUCCUAUUUGGCUCUGUUGGCGGAGGUGCGCCGGCUGGAAGAGGCCCUGGGAGGAAUCAAGACUGACCUUCAGGGAGUGAUGGGCUGUAAGGGCAGAUGUGAACAUCUGGACUCUUUACAUGACACAGUGUCUGAGCAGGUUAGACAGGAGCUGCGGUCUCUGCUGUACGGCCGAGACCAGGAAGCAGGAACUGAGCUGCCGGAGUCUUUGCUGCAGUGGCUGUCGACUCGAUUUGUGAGCAGCUCAGACCUGCAGGCAUCACUCGCUGCCCUGGAGAGGAGCAUUCUGGGUAACGUGUCUCUGCAGGUGGAGCAGACGCAGCAGAAGCCCUGUGCAGAAACUGUCACUAAGGCUGUGCUAAAAACCACUGGCGAUGCAGGCUUAUCAGAAACGCAAGUGCAGCUGAUUGUGCAGAAUGCUCUGAAGCUCUAUUCACAGGAUCGCAUUGGACUUGUGGAUUAUGCUCUGGAGUCUGGAGGUGGCAGUGUACUGAGUACGCGUUGUUCAGAGACCUACGAGACCAAAACUGCACUGAUGAGUCUGUUUGGCCUGCCGCUGUGGUACUUCUCUCAGUCUCCUCGUGCUGUCAUACAGCCGGAUGUACAUCCUGGUAACUGCUGGGCAUUUAGAGGUUCUCAUGGAUAUCUUGUGAUCCGUCUCUCCAUGAAGAUCGUGCCCACAGCCUUUUCUGUGGAGCACAUCCCCAAAACCCUCUCACCGACCGGCAACAUCAGCAGUGCUCCACGGAACUUCACUGUCUAUGGCCUGGAAGAUGAGCAGCAGGAAGAGGGACAGAUUCUGGGACGAUAUGUCUACCAGGAAGACGGAGAGCCUCUUCAGACCUACCAUGUCACGGAUAACACUAAGGCCUACCAGAUCAUUGAGCUGAGAGUGCUGAGUAACUGGGGUCAUCCGGAAUAUACCUGCCUCUACCGUUUCCGGGUGCACGGCGAACCUGCACAGCAAUGAUCAAAGACUGAGCUGGAUCAGGACUUCAUGGUUAAGACUGGAGUUUCACAGAGGAGGCAGCGUACCAUCAGUCCAUCUGGUCCAGUCUGGAGACGGGCUAACUGACUGCUUGCUAAACCUUUAGAUUUGCUCCUCUGCAUUUUGUACUCCUGUAUAUCUCGUACGAGACUUGUACUCGGUUAAGCUCCUCUUGUAUUCGGCCAACAGCGGGCACCCGGCAGAAUAACCGGGAUUGGUCUGAAUUGCACUCAAACACUCAGUAAGUCAAACCUAAAUAAAAUGGACUAGAAUGUAUUUUAAACUACAUGUUGUAAAUGUUGUUAAUAGUUUGUCAGCUUUAAGCACGGCUAAUAAUUUGCUUUUUGCCCCUUACCUGCAUAGUGUAAUGAGUUUCAAAUGCUCAGCGAAACAAGGCUGUUUAUUAAUCACUAUUUAUUUUUUGUGUAUUUUGAGUUGAUCUUAGUAAGACUUUGUAUUGUGUAUUUUUGUAAAUACUUUUCAAAUAAUUUUGUAAUUAAGGGACCACAGGUUGGCUUUUGCAAUGAAGCUAUAUUUUGGUUGUGUGGAAUGUUUAAAUAAAGAGUAAUUUUUUAAAAA